GCGAAGAAUUAGGAAUUGUCUCUCCGCGGGGGGGUGAAGAGGCUUUUGCCAUAAUGAGCGAAUUAAUUUCCCAAGGAGUUGCUUUGAUUAUCGUGGAUUCAGUCUCUAAUUUGGUCCCUCUUUCCCAUGAAUUAACUCAUAAGAAAACAAUCAUUAUUUUCAUUAACCAAAUCCGCAACAAAAUUUCCCCUAAUUACUUGCCUGGUAAUCCAACUACUACCACAGGAGGAAUGGCUUUACGCUUUGAUGCGGACUUACGAAUUUAUUUAAAAAAAGGAGACGAAAUUAAAAGAAAUAAUGCCGUAGUUGGUGUAGAGAUAGGAGCCAAAAUAGUUAAGAACAAAUUAGCCGCUCCGGGAGCAACGGCUAAUUUAGAAUUAAUUUUCUCUCACGGCAUUCAAAAAGAACGGGAGAUAAUUGAGUUAGCCACCGCAAAAAACUUACUCGAAAAAAGUGGUAACUGGUAUUAUUACCGCGGAACUUCGUUGGGAAACGGUAAAGAAAAUGUUUUAACUUACUUACGAGAAAAUCCGAAAAUAUACCAAGAAGCUGGCAGCCUUUUGCAUUUUGUAAUAGCAAAUUGGUAUUUCCUGGAUGUUCCACACAAUUCUCUUCCAAGCAGAAAACUUAACUCACAGUUG